UAGCUUAACAAUCGUAUAUAUAGUGCUGGGUUUGAGCACUUCUCCACUUCCUAAGUUUUUGGGUUAAUCAGAGGAACCACUUCCUUCAAACUCGUUGUCCUUCUAAUUCCCACCAAAGAGAAUUACAGAAAGCUGAAAAAUGGAAAAAGAAACCGUUUUUUGGCACUUACAUUUUUUCACAAUUUUGACUCCAAAAGAAUUUCAGGAUAACCACCAUAUAUAUGAGAAAAUAAACGAAGAAGUUACAUUGGAAAGUGAAGCAGAAUUUCUGCACCUGAGCAAGAAGACCAGAAUUUUGCAAAUCAAUGGCACCAGGAGGACGUAUCUUCAAACAAACUACACUUACAGGGGAAACUAUUCAAGCUACUCAAUCCCCGGAUGAAUCAAAUAACCUUACUCCCGCUGUUAAUACAGAUGAUUCCCCUAGGAUCAGGAAUGGUCGUGGCAAGACUAGAGGGAAAGGUCUUGAAAGGAUGAGGAAGACUAUGGGAAGCAAGAUGAAAAUUGAGAUCCCAGUUGGUAAAGGGAGGCCAACUAAGCCAACUCAAUCGGCCAAAUUAUCCAAUGAACUAGGGAUAAUUGCCAAAAUUUUCUUUCGCUUCCAAACAAGUGGAAGGAACUCACAAGAGAGGACAAAGAUGCACAACUAAUUAGAUGCCAUGUAA